AUGUACGACUUCUGCUUCAGCUACCCGUACGCGCUGAUCCUCGCGGGCGGCGGCGCUGCGGGGUACUUCCUCGCCGGCUCCACCAUUUCGCUCCAGUCCGGUCUCGCGGCGGCCGUGCUGAUCCUCGCGCUCACCACGUGGUCCUGGCGCUCGUUCAAGAACGGAAGGAAGAACAAGGUGGCCAUCGUCCUCGAGGCGCUCAUCGCAUGCGGGCUGUGGGUCGACCUGGCCAAGAGGUACACGCAGACGCACCAGUACCUCCCCACGGGCGCCCUCGCGCUCCUCAACGGCGCCAUGUUCGCCGCCUACCUCUGGUGCCUGACCCUCGGGCCCACGCCCAAGGCCAAGAAGCAGGCCUGA